UAAAUGACAGACAGCAGGAGGAGGAGGGGAUUGGGAGAGAUUAAGUGAUCUCUCGUUGUUCUAACACACCGCUGCAUGCUGCAGGAUGUUUGUCGGGCUCUGCUCUCAGCCAGGGCAGGGAGAGAGAUAUCAGAGAAACUUUCUGACCGGACAGCAAUGAGUGGAGACUAGAACAUUCUGUCUCUAUAAUACAGCGCCUGGUGAAGGGGAUCCAAAUACAACUCUGUGGCUCUCAGACAACUGUGUAGAAGACCGAUGGAAUGCAUGUUUAAGCAGAAGAAAAAUCCACCAGAAAGUAAAAGUGUUGUUUUGGCUGCUCGUUUAGGACAUCAAGGUGCAAGAGAGAACUUGUUGGUUUGAAAGUGUGAACACUUUGAGGCACGGCUGCUGCUCUCCUCUCUUGGCGUGGCAUUAGUCAUUCUCACCACAUUCAGAACGGGAAUGACUCAGUUGGUGCCAUUCUUUCUCAAGUAUUCUGCAGUGACAAUUGUGAGCUCUGUGUCACCUUACUUCCUGCCGAUGAGACAUUGUCUUGAAGCCAAGAGCAGGCAGAGAUAAACACUGUUCGGGGAACUAGGACCAGAGCAGGAUGACCCAGGGUUUGGGUCCUGACAGUGCUGUGGUGCUGCUCUGCCUCCUCCUGCUGGGCUGCUCUGAGGGGACCUGCCCCUCCAUCUGCCUCUGUACAGCAGACUCUGUCAGCUGUGGCUCCAGCAGCCUGACCAAACUGCCUAUCCUCCUGCCCCCCACCACUUCCACACUUGACCUCAGCUACAACCGCCUGGCAUGGCUGGGCUCAGGCAGCUUUUCCAGCCUGCCCCGGCUAGACACCCUUCGCCUAGCCCACAACCAGCUCACCACCCUGGGCUCAGAUGUCUUCCACAAUGCCUCCAGCCUCCGGCAUCUGGACCUUUCCUCCAACAAGCUGCAUGUGGUGGAGCAGCACUACUUUCAGGGGCUGUGGAGGCUAGAGGAGCUGCUACUCUACAACAACAGGAUCAUACGUGUGGAGAGUGGCAUGCUGAGAGGGUUGGGGAAUCUAAAGAAGGCUUACUUCAGCCUCAACCAGAUCACAGACUUUCCCUUCUUCUCCAUCCAGGACCACAGCCAUCCCUUCCUCACCAUGCUGGACCUGUCCUCUAACCGCAUGACAGCACUGCCCUGGGAGGAUGUGAAGGCUCUGCCAGGAUCGGUCCAGAAAGGCCUGUACCUUCAGAACAACUCUCUGGCAUGUGACUGCUCCAUGUAUGGUGUGUUCUGGCACUGGGAGCAGAGGGGCUUCGACUCGGUGAAGGACUUCAUGGACGAUCUCACCUGCCUGAUCUAUGGGGAUCCGCGUGCUGCCAUCCGUUUCCUUAAACACUCCCACUUCUUCCAGAACUGCACCCUGGGGCGGGCAGUCUCCCUGCCCGUGACUGUGCUGAUCUCCAGUCUGGUUGUGUACGAGGGGGAGAGGGUGCGCCUGGACUGUCAAACCUCCGUCAAAGGGAAAGAACUUUCAUUUACAUGGCUCUCACCUAACCAGGAGUACAUCACCCUCAGCACUAAUAACAGCCUCAUUAGCCUCUUCCCUAAUGGCACCUUGGAGAUCCCUGCAGCCAAGAUGAAUGACUCCGGCAUGUACGUGUGCACGGCUCUGGACUAUAAACAUAUGCUCAACGCCACCAGGGAGGUGAAUGUGACCAUAGUGCGAGCCACUGUGGACUCGUUCAGCACAGGCUACACCACAUUACUGGGCUGUGUGGUAACCCUGGUCCUUAUCCUCAUGUACCUCUAUCUGACCCCUUGUCGCUGUGGUUGCUGCAAACAGCCUCUCCCCCCAGGCAUGCCCGUCUCGACUCAUGACCCCUCCACCCUCUCGUCUAUAUUUUCCCCUUCGUUGGGCCAAAGGGAUGUGGCCAAAUCCCAGAGCACCAGACACGUGGUGUUUGUGGAGUCUGUGUUGGAGGAGCAGAACGGCUGUCUGAGGGCUGCUCUGGCCACCGACCAGCCCUCACUACACUGGGAGUGGGACACCACAGGACUCAACUAACCUCAGACAGUCACUGAGCCACACUGCAAACACAUAGUGUGUGGACGUUGUAGUGUAGAAGAUUUCCUUCUCCUUGAUUCGGUCCCAAAGGAAAGAAAAAUACCUUUGGGACCGAUACUUACUUUGAUAUGUAUUUUGUAGGUUUUCAUUGUUUUUACCCUUGCUGUUGUGAGAUGAAAAAGUCAAGUCAAGAGGGAAAAUCCAAGUGAAUUCCAACAACUUACUUGUGUGACACUCAAGGACUAACUUCACUCAUGAACCAUGAUGGAUUCCUUAUCUGUUUGCAUCAGCUCUCCUCUUCUCAGGCACAAACUGAAAGAGAUUCAUAUGAGGUAUUCCAUAUACCUGAUCAAAUCUCCUGACCCCUGUAUUC